AUGGAUUUCUUUGAUGACGAUUUGAGCCCUGAGAGUGAGCUUCUGGAUCUCGAACCAGACACACAGGACUACGGGGAAAUGACCCAAGAAACUGCUCAGCUUCUUCAACGCACUUACGAACUCCCCCACCCAGCGAUCAGCUCUCCUCUCAGUCACUUCAGUUCUCUUUAUCACUCCAGUUCGUUUCUCCACAACAUCCUUUCUAUAUAUUGGCUGCCCUCUUUUUUGCAAGCUGGGACCAUGAACGAAAUAUCUAACCACCUUCUGGGGCAGUUGCGGCUCAUGGCUUGUACUCGGACAGGUGAGACCCGCUGUGGAUUACUUCUUAAGGGACUUUUUCCUGAGAAGGAUGUGGUUCCAUUAACUUUGCUCAACGGGUCACCCGUUAGUUCCAAUGUAUUUCCAAUUGACGAGGACUUUUAUGACGACUCUGCUAGAGAUGCUCGAGCAGUGGACUUUCUUGGGCCGGCAGACCCCUUUAUGGAUGGUAUUUUUCGGUCACUGACACUCGGUAAGGUACAAGCUAGAGAGCUGCUACCGAAUGAACGUCUUUCCCUCUUAAAAUAUCUACUUUGUUUCCACUUUGAGGACAUGGCGAAGGCACUCAUGCGAAACCCAGAGCUGUCAGCUGGGCAGCGUGACUAUGUAGUUCGAAAUAUCCUAUUUCCGCUGUUAAAGUGUAUAGUUCGUAGCACUCCUUGCUAUGAUACUAUGAUCAAUAUAAUUAGAGUUCUAUACACACUCCCAUCUAUCGCUGAUACACCAGUUGACCAAAAGCUCUGGGGCUUACUGCUGUUCCGUGAGGUGAUCUUCUUCCAGUUUUGUCGUUGCUUGGCAAUCUUCUGCAACUUAACAUUUAAAUACGAUAGUGAGGCCAAUAUCUAUUGUUGCAUACACUCCCUCUUCGGGGGAGUUGUCUCCAAAGGUGUCCAUACUGAAAAUUACCCACCAACCCUGAGAUGUAGGUGUCGCUACGAGUGCGCUUGCCUCCAGGACGAUGAUGAGCACAUGGAACAGCUCGAACAAAGUAUAGCACACAAUGCCAGCUGGAACGAUUGUUACACAUUGUCAUUUCAUAGUAAUUGGUCUGAAAAGUAUGGUGUGGAGACAUCAAGAGUUGUUAAGGCCCAAAGCCAAAUUUUCCAUCAAGAAAAAAAAAUCUUAAGCUCUCUUCCAGAGCUAGAAGAUGUGCUUUUGAAUUUGAUUGACGUUAUGGUGCAUUACUCUAUUUCAUACUGUAUUAGCCCUGCUCUGUGCAACGCCCUAUUCAUCCUCAUGGGAAGAAUCGCUACUGACCGCACCUUGCACAGCGCCUUCCUGAAGGAAUUUGGGGACAUUCUCAAUUUAGAAUUAACUAAGACAUUUUAUCAGCGUCUUGACCUUACACCCGAGAGGCUGUGGGAGUUUCAAAAGCCUAUAAGGUGUCAGCAUUGCCAGCAGAGCAAUAUGAAGCAUGAUGCUAUAAUAGACACAACUUGCUGUGAUAUGCAUCGCUUCCUGGAUCCGUCUGUUGACACACAGAUAUCUUCUGAGUUUAUCUACUCUCAAUCCCAACUUAGUAACCUAAUUAAGCCGGUAACAGAAUAUAGCUAUCAAAACAUAGAAUCAACGAUAGUGUCUCCUAGAAUCCAGCGUGCGGCAAUCUUGAAUAUGGCGCGAAUACUCUAUGUAUACACGGCCAAAUCGGGGCAUAGUCGCUCAGAGAGUUUAGAGAAAAACAAUGAAAUAGCAUAUAGGCAGAGCUCCUACGUAACUUUUGCUGAGCAAGAACAAGGUACGAUGCAGGAUGUGACACAGGACGUGUCCCCUCAACUCACCCAACAUUCUCAGCAAAUUGGAGCUUUGUACACUGUUUGCUCCGCAAACUGUCCCUCUAUCUCCUUGCCCUCUCAACGUGUUAUUUCGUCAACCACUCAGCACAGCGGUGAGACAGAGACAGAGACCGAGUAUCAUGAGUAUUUAGACUAUCCUGGAAAUAAUCCAUCUAGCCAGUCACUUGGCGUGGCUCCCUGCAUGUCAGUAUCCACUACUGAUAAUACUACUGAUAAUACUACUAAUAAAGGCUUUUCUCUUCGCUCCUAUCUUUGCAAUAAUCAUCCGUCGUUGGACACUCAUGCCACAGAAGUCACCAUUUUGGGACUGCCCCCACACUCGUUAUCAACUAAUGUGGUACAUUUACAGGCUAGAAAGUCUAAGCCGUUUUGCUUAAAGAAUACAGAGAUGAAACGAUACUCGCAAACCGGCCAACCUGGAAGCUCGAGACAAGCAUUUGUGGUGGCAACUAAGGGUAUGCAAAACGACGUCAUUGCAUUUGUGAGGAAUAGGCUUUAUUCAAAGGAUAAUAUACCCAACUUAGUGUUCUGUGCAGAAGCCUUGCCAUUGUUUUGCAGGGCAUUUACUUUCCGAAAAAGGGUAAAGUCUCUGGUCUUUACUUUUGUAAAGCUUGUGACCAGUUUUGUGCCUGCAGUACAGCAAAAUGCCUGCAGGAACCUAGGCUUCAUGUUGGCUGGCAUCUCAAAUGGGUGCUCUAUCUCAGAAGAGGAGUGUAUCAUCAUAAGGGAAAACUAUUUACUGCGAUUGUUAUUUAAUCUUUUUUGCAAUCUCCUGACACUAGAUCCAUUGUCUAGCACCAUUACUUUGCCGUUAAAUUUAGAUAAGUCGUCUAUAGAUAAAAACUUGUUAGAAUAUUAUGAGGGCUCAAAAGCGUCAUCUAAGGAUGGAUUGAUUAGCACCGAUAGGUAUGUGGGGAGGAAUCCGCUUCUCUUACAACCUCCUUCACCACACAAUCACAUCAAGUCAUCCAAGAGCAUGCUUACUAUACUCAUACGGGGAGAUGACAAAGAUAUACACAAGCAGUCGUCAACUAGCAGAUCAGAUACAACUGACACAGAUCCGGUAAGCCAAAAUAGCUCUCCAUCGAAUAAUGCACUGGACGGAAACCUCUCUAAUAUACCCGAAGAACCAAUAGUGGAGAACUUUUAUACUAAGCCAUCGUGUGCUGUCACAUCUGCAAGAAACUUGACUAAAGGGAUGACCACCAAACAAGUUUUAGAGAAUACUGCGUCUGCAAACGAUUUCACUUCACCUUUCUCUGAUUGCAUGCCCUGUACAUCCAUACUAGAGCUACACGGCAGUAAAACAGGAAACUGCGUAGUUCAGUCGCGGACACCACUUGAAAUGUUCAGUUACUUCACCGAGAAUCAUGUAUUCCAUUUGAAGAAGUUACUCAAGCCCUCAACAUUAUGUAUUUCUCAGCCGAUAUAUAAAGACAUCGAGCUUUCCCUUCUACGCACGCUUCCGGGUGUGUACGAAACUGUGGCGUGUUCACGCGACUAUCAGAACAGAAUUAUUAAUAUUAUAACAAGUACAUUACGAAACAAAGCCUCCAACCAGUCAACUCUCCACUCACUUAUCUCAGCCCUCCCUGACAUAUACUCCAAUCGUAAUACCACGCAGGAGAACAAGGAGAUUCUACUACAAUGCUUGGAAUCUCUUCUAAUGUCCUCUCAAUGCACUAGAGAUGCCAAAAUCGUUUUUCUUUACUCAUUUACUAAAUAUGGUAGGGUGCAAGCAGACACGCAGAGCUUCUUAUUGAGGGUUGCUAAGCUAUUGAUUAAAAUUUACUACGAUAUUCUGCAAUUGCCUGAAGAAGUGCACUUUCAUCAUGGGCAAGUAAGUGCGGAGAACAGAGCUGACCAGAUGCCUGGAACGUUCUGUCUUCAAUGCACACCAGACUUAUAUGUUUCUAUCACCCCGGUAUCAUUCUCCUCCCAUGUGGCUCUAAAAGGUACGGGUCUAUAUGGUUUUGUGGAUGCCUCAGAGGACAGCAGAUCACACUGUGCUCUUCCAGAACUAACAUAUACUGAGGUAGACACAAGGCAACGAGGAUUUGAAAUUGCAGGUCCAUUCUAUCAGUAUCGGUGUGUGGAUUCCCCCGAUACCGGCUACACAUUCUUUAUCAACUCGGAUUGGCGUUACCGCUGUGACGUCGUUGAAACUCUAGUGAAGAUAGUGGCCCAGUUUUGUGCCGUCUUUGACACACAGACAGGAUUUUAUCUGUUCAGCUCUGUGAUCUUGCAUUGUAUAAAAGACGAUUGCCAAACGGUAAGUGAUUGCCUUGUUCGGCUCCUGGGUCUCGAGCUUACCCCUCUUUUACAGAAGGCAGAUAGAGAGGCUUCUAUUCCUUUGGGGAUCUUAGCCUGUGCACUCUUUGGAUACACUUACCGAGACUAUGGAGUCAAGUAUCCUGUAUCAGGAGUAUCUGAUAGGGAGUAUAGCCGUGCCCUAUAUGCUAGAUUGUGUCAUUCUUUCUUAUUGCCAACUCUUCGACACCAGAAGCUGGGAGUAAGGCUGCUUCAUCACAUUAGUAGGCGUGUUUAUAAAUACGACUGGUUUGCACGCCUAUUUCUUGCGAUUAUUCUAUCCAUCCCCACCUGUGACCCCAGUGUUCAACUCUCCUUCGUAGUAAGCACUUUCAACCUCAGUAAAAAGCAAAAAUUGAUCGUGUUUAGUGAGGAGCAUCUGACCAUAAUGCGAUUGUGCGGGGAGUGCAAUUCUCAAGCAACGAGGUGUGUCGAAAGCUAUUUGGACAUAUGCAGACUCUACUUUCAAACAAUGAAGAAUGAGCAAGAGUGA